GAAUUGGGCAGCCAAAGAACUAAAGCUUCAGCCCUCCUUCCUAAGCAUAGGAGGGCAGAAGGUGGGUUGCUCACAGGGUGGGGGUGAGGAUUGCUCUUCAUAGCCCCUGGGCAGGGAACUGGGAACGUAGCAGAGGCUCGCUCUGCCAGGACGAAGUGUUGGGGUAUGAGGGUGAGGUGGGGGCCUGAGGGGUGGCUUGGAGCCCUGGCGGUGGCUGUCUGACGUCACCGGCCUCUCUGGCAAUAGGCUGCGAGCUGAGCUCCCCAAAGCGGCAGCGGCGGCGGCGGCGGCGGCGGCAGCAGCACGGCUUGGUCUCUGGCCCCUUCACUCCGCGCCUUCUGCAGCCGCCACUGCAGCCGCGCGGCGGGGGUUCCCUCCCUGCAGCCAGCUGGCGGCCCCAGCCUGGUGCCUUGGCAAAGGAAAAGGGCGCGCCGACACGCGUUCGAGGCGGGGCCGGAGAGGAUCUCCUGGGCACCGCUCGCUCCUUGGCCGGCUUGCUUGCCCGCAGUUGCUCCCUCAGUCCUUCGCUCGCGCGCAUCCCCUCCCACACCAGAGAGUAGUUUUGGGUGGCGUGGGCUCUGUCCUCUUCUUGGCUGGUGGGAACGGUGUGCCCAAAAGAGGAAGUCUGGUGGGCCCGGCCCCUCCCAGCCCAGCGCCGAUGAGUGCCAGGGCGCCCAAGGAGCUGAGGCUGGCCCUGCCGCCGUGUCUCCUCAACCGGACCUUUGCUUCCCUCAACGCCAGCGGCAGCGGCAACGCGAGUGCCCGUAGCCCCGGCGCAGGCGGCGGCGGCGGCACCUGCAUCACGCAGGUGGGACAGCAGCUCUUCCAGUCCUUCUCCUCCACGCUGGUGCUGAUUGUCCUGGUCACCCUCAUCUUCUGCCUCAUCGUGCUGUCCCUCUCCACCUUCCACAUCCACAAGCGUCGGAUGAAGAAGCGGAAGAUGCAGAGGGCUCAGGAGGAAUACGAGCGAGAUCACUGCAGCGGCAACCGCGGCGGCAGGGGGCUGCCUCCGGCGGGCAGCCAGGCCCCAACCCACGCAAAAGAAACCCGUCUGGAGAGGCAGCCCCAGGACUCUGCCUUCUGCGCUCCCUCCAACUCCUCCUCCUCCUUCUCUUCGUCCCCUGGCCUCCCAUGCCAGGGUCCCUGUGCUCCUGCGCCUCCACCACCGGCCCCCAGUCCGCAAGGAGCACACGAAGCCUCCUCCUGUUUGGACACAGCUGGCGAGGGCCUUUUGCAAACGGUGGUACUGUCCUGAUUGUCUAGCCCCUCACUCUUCCCCUUCCUCGUUUCCAGCAUCUUUGCCGUCCUCACUUCCCCCCCGCCCCCGUCCUUCCUCUCCCACUUUCCUCUGGCCUCUCUUUCCUCUUCCUUCUUUCCUUAACUACCCUCCCCUUACUCUGUUUCUCCUCCGCCGAGGCACUGUGCGGUAUUUGUAAAUAUUGGGCGAGGAAAGUCUCGGAAGAAGAAAUAACGCUGAUAACAGUACUUUAUUAUUAAUAUUUAUAGUAAUUAUUAUUAUACUAAUAACACAAUCCAAGCGCAUGACAAAUCACAUAAUUUCUCAUUGUCAAUGAAGGAUUCGUCUUCCCUCUCCACCCUGCGCCCCCCACAAUAAGGAGGAGAAACAGCACAAACUACCAAAUAUAUAAAAGGCAUUGACCCCCGGAGCAAAGGGAGUGGAGGGGGCCCAGUGUGUUGUACAUAGCUGUCAAGUUAAGGUUCAGUUACCUUCGUUCCCCUCCACCCUCCAAGCUUUCACUUUUCCUUCCCUCCCUUCCCCAUUCCCAACCUCAGCCAGGCUCAGACAAUAGUAUAUUAUAAAGAAAACGUCUACAUGAAGCGCCAGAACUACAAGAGGCCACAGAGACAGUCCCAGAAAAACGUUUAUGACAGGUACCACCCUCCAGUCAGCCCUCUUCUUACCCCUUGGUUAACCAGUCCCUUUUUCAGGACCAGGCAUUUUAAUUUACUUUUAGAAAUGUCCCUCGCUGGCCGAGCAUAAGUAUAUUAAAAAUCUUUAAAUGAAUUUUUUUUUUUUAAACAAUCUACUGCUUUAACUUCCUGCCCCGCCCCCACCUGUACGCAUUUUCAGGAUUCAGACAGGAUCGGGGAGCUGUCCAGCCAGAUCUGGUGCUGAAAUUGCCUCCCGAACUGGUUACUUUCUUUGGUUGUGCAGGCGGAGGAGGGGCUGUUUUGGAAAGUGACUAUUCUGGCUUUUUGUUGGUUUCUUUCUUCUUUUCCUACAAUCGGGUUUGCGUGUACUAUUGGUUUUCUUAUUAUUAAACAUUGCAUAAGUUACCCUUUUUUGUAAAAAAAAAAAAGUAGUAUUAGGUGAUGUGCAGUACUGAAAGUGCAGUAUCUAACCAACCAGAAUGUUUCUGUUUAAUUUUUGGAACAAGUACACCUUGUUAUAUAUUUACUAUAUUGGUACCAAAUACAGAAGCAAACUAUAGUUCUGUACUACAUCCUCCAAACUGUAUAUUCUUGUUCUUAAUUUCCAGCUGUUGAUAUAAUGGUUACCACUGGAUGAGGAAUUCAGUGGUGCAGGCCUGGCUUCUGCUGUUUCCAGAAGUGUUCUUUUGUACCUUACUCUGUAGUAGACUGUUAUAAAAAGAUGACACAUGUUUUCUUUUUUCUUUUGCAAAUAACAGAAACAACCACAAUAGAAAACAAACAAAUAAUGGAUGUGCAGGAAUGCCAUCUAUUAAAACAUGGUUAAUAUUUAAACAGUGCCUGUAGUCCUCCCUGCAUGCAGUUACCACCUGGAGGCAGUGGUGUGUGUGCUUGCUUGUACUGUAUGCGUUUGGGAUGAGACUGGUGGGGAUGUUGGGCAAUUUGGAUGACAGGACAUGCAAAUUUCAAGAGAAGUUAAAUGCAGUGACUACUUGUAGGACAAAAAUGUUUGCAGCUUGUUUAGUUAGAAAUCUGAGAUGCAGCAAAGGAAAGGCUCUCUUUCUCUUUCUGAGUCUGGCUUGCCUAACUUCACUGAAUAAAUGAAGAAAGAUUGAUAAAAGAGAAAGUGAGAGAAGAAGAUCAAUAAUUUUCUUCUCUCUUCUAAUGCCACACAAGGCCAUCUAUGUUAGAAAUGGAGUCCACCUGUGGUUAUUUACCACUUUGUUUCCCUUGGAUUGAUGAUAAAGGGGCCAGAGCAUAUUAUAAUCUUAAUUAUAUGCAGUGACAUCCUUUCUUAGGAACCAAUUCUUUGACAGCUGUUCAAACGUUUGGAAAAUGUAUGAAUAAGAAUGUUCUUAACAAAGCUCACCCAAAAGAGUUCUUACUAACCUGCAGGGUGUAAGGCGACAGUGCCCCUAAGUGCAUCCCUCUCCCAAGUAACCAAUAGUUCUCUCUUCUCUAUCUUGGUUCCAAGAGUAUGUGCUCUUAUCCAGAGGAAAUAUUACCUCUGAGGUUUUAGGUCAUCUCUUAAAUUGCCCAAGCUCAGUCUGCAUCUUUUAUAAAAAUAACUUAAUAAGCUUAAUUUUAAUCACCCAUUAGAUAUUCACUCAAGUCCUUUCCUGAAGCACAGAGGGUCAUCAUUUAAGCAUGCCGUGUUGUAAUAUUAGGAAGACCAGGUAUAAUCUUUGGGUACAAUAUAUUAAACAAUGAACCAGAUUCUCUCCAGUGCCUUAGUCACUUCCUAGUAAUAUGUAAAAGAGUGCAUUAGCUCCCUCAGGCCGCUAGGGAAUCCUUUAGUGCACCAGACCUCUACGUUGUACAUCAGAAUGACUAAGGCACUGUGAAGAAGAAAAUCCAUUAAUUUUUGUAGCUCACCCUCAUCCAGCUGUAGCUCUUUAAUACCUUAUUACAGAAUGACUUUUGGACUUGAAAUUUGAACAGAAUCAGGGACUCAGAAGGGAGCUUCCUCAUUUCCAAUGAGCUCCACUAAGUACGUGGAUAUUACUUUCUCUUCCUUAUUUGGUGCACUUUUUACAGUGAAUAAUUUCCCAUUUUAUUAAAGCAAUAAGAUGUUCUGUUGUGAGCAGUGCUGGAUGAUGAUUCCAUUUCCUUGGUGCUGAAGCUACUCAUACAUUCUUGCCUUAUGAAUCAUAGUGCAUUCAAGGCAUGCAAUAAUACUCCCCUUCCAAGGAGCAGCCUGUACACUGUAGGGGGUAAUUAUGAAAUUGUCCUAUAUAAUUUUUCCCCAAAGGAAUAGAAGAAACAGGAGAAACAAAAAGCAUUAUGAAUAUUGUUUUAAAAAAAGAUCUUGAUACCUCUAAACAUGGGCACACAUCCAUAAUAUGCUCUUAUUGUGCACCUUUAACUAUGUAUGCCUUUCUCUAUUAAUUGACUAUGGUUUAAUAUUUUUAUAGUGCUCUGUGUAAAGAUGAUAUGGUUUGUGAGUCAAAUUUCAUGCUGAGUUUAUUAUACUCAGAACCCUAAGCUUCCGUUGGUAUCACUUGAGAUUUUUUAUAAGAUAGAGAAUUACAAAAAUUCUAGUAACGCCAGUCCUCACACCAAAUUAUUGCAAUAAGCACAUAUCCAAGCAAUUUGCACAGACCCUGUUUAAAGCAUUGCUUUUUAUAGAGCUCUAUUGACAGUCUUAGGAGUCUGGGAUGCUACCAACAGGGCAUUUUGGAUUUCAUUUAUAUGAAACAAAAGGCAAUCUGGAAAUAGCUAAAUUUAUUUUAAGGAUUUUAUUCACUGAUGUCCCGUCAAACUAAUUGCUUCAAAUCCCUAUAGCUACAGUUCAACUUCUGCACUUGCUAUUCAGUAUUAAUAAGGUGGCAUGUUUGAUUCUUAUUGUUUUUUAAAAUGAGAAAAUUGGAGAGAGAAUACCAUUAUGUCAACUGUAUGGGACUCUGAAUCUUAAAGAUGUAGAUGGAUAUAAUCUUCUUUAGAAUUUAUAUACACCCAUAGAUGUGUAUUUAUAUAUGCAUACAUUUUGUACAAAUUUACAAUGGACUUUUUGUAUUCUCUUUUCUGUCAUUACAAGAAUGAGAUGGCAACCAAAUAGUUGUUCCAUCCUCUUAAUCCAGAGAGGAUACUGAGAAGUCAGGUAUAUGCAUGUAUUUAUUUCUCUGGGGUCAAAUCUGAAUGACUUUCUCUUUAUUUAAUGAAAGGAGAGAGUCCUGGUUGGCUUGGGGAAUUGGUAAUUAGAUAAGCUUCCUUUCCUAGUUAGUAACUCAAAUGUAGGAGUGAUAAUGAACUUAUGACCAUAUCUGUGUGGUCUAAAUAUCUAGAUGGAAAGCAAAAAUAUCUAGAAGAGGUUUAGGGCCAACUAGACCACAAACCUGCAUUGUGGCUCGAUUUUUUAUUUUCAACCUAUAUGUCGUGUGGAGAUACAAUUUAUAUCUGCAUAGCUAAAGUGAAAAUAUGACCAUUAUCUGUUUAGUUUGAUAAGUAGUUUUUGAAAAACAUGGAUAAAUUAGCUUUAAAAACCUUUGACAUCUGACUUUUCCACCACUUAUAUUUAUAUCAGUUGAAUUAAUUAGAUAAUAGUUAAAAUUCCAUUGUUUUCCAUUGUGCAGACAUAUGCUUUAAAUGCUUUUCUGUGGGUGAGAGUUGAGCAUUUGCUAGCUGAUAUUAUGUGAAAGUUAUAGGUUAAAUUAGAACCAGAAACUUUAAUCUAAUCUGGUCAGUCUCCUCAGGUCCAUUCCCAUGUGAAUCUGGACUUUGAAUCUGAGUCUGAAGUCACUUAUCUGAGCCAUCUUUUUUUGGAUUUUUAGUGAUUGUGGCUCAUAGAUGUUUUAGUCCACAUUAGAAUGAAUUGACCUAUCUAUAGAGGGGUAUUUAACCAUUGGAUUGAACAUAAAUCUGAUUAUGAUUUGGUUUUUGAUUUAUUUGAUAACAUUUGAGAAAUAGCUUUGAUGGCUUGACAUCAAUACUUAUUAAUGUCACCAACCUAAUAAUACAAUUGGUGCCGUGUAGGAAUGCUUAGCUAAGAAUAGGAAUUUAAUUAACUUUAAUUGAGGACAGUGUCUUGUCAAGGUGGUCCUACCAGUUUGAGGCAGGGACACUUGUGAUUUCACCGGGUUGUUUCUAUGGAGAGAUUAACGACAAAAACAAUGAUGACAACAAGAACAACAGAAAAACUGAUCUUGGAUCUCGAGUAUAUCCAACAGACAGAAUAAAGUAGAUAUUAGAAUUCAUGGAAAAUUCGUUUGCUUUUCUAUCAAUAAAAGAGUUUUCUUG